CCCUAAACCAAAACCAAUCAAAAUGGCUCCAGGAGGUAAAUCCGCAGGAAAAGCGAUGAAGAAGUCGUCCGGCAAGGCUCAAAAGAACAUCGCCAAAUCCGACAAGAAGCGCAAGCCCAAGAGGAAAGAAUCGUACGCCAUCUACAUCUACAAAGUGUUGAAACAAGUACAUCCCGACACCGGUGUCUCCUCAAAGGCAAUGAGCAUCAUGAACAGUUUCGUCAACGAUCUGUUCGAACGCAUCGCCGCCGAAUCCAGUCGCCUUGCCCACUACAACAAGCGCUCGACCAUCACCAGUCGGGAAAUCCAAACUGCUGUUCGUCUCUUGUUGCCCGGUGAAUUGGCCAAGCACGCCGUCAGUGAAGGAACUAAGGCAGUGACCAAAUACACCAGCUCCAAAUAAUGUUGUUUACUGCUACCGGUUAUUAAACCACUACUAUUACCCUUUAAAAAGGCCCUUUUUAG